AUGACAAUGAUCGAUGUAGUUGAAGCAUUUGAUGUUCCUUGCUAUGUUUUCUUCACUUGUGGUGCUGCUAGUCUUGGUCUUAUGUUCCAUUUUGAAACACUCGAGGAUGAGCAAACUAAGGAAAUAUCCGAUUUAGUCCAAGUUGAAAUGAAAUUGGUCAUUCCUAGCUUAACCAACAAUGUUCCAAGUAGCGUCCUCCCAAUUUUUACAACUAGAAAGGAAAUUUGGCGUUGCUGGUUCUUGAAGGCUAUUCGUGAGUAUAGAAGGGCCAAGGGCAUCCUAGUCAACACAUUUGCUGAUCUUGAGCCUCAUGCUAUUAAUUCUUUUCUAAUGGAAUAUUCUUAUGGUACAUCAAGAUUGCCAUCAAUUUUCCCUAUUGGUCCAGUUCUAAAUAGGUCGCAAAUCCAAACUCAAUCCACUAAUGACCAAUCAGAAAUGAUGGAAUGGAUGGAUAUCCAGUCGGAAAAAUCAGUUGUUUUCCUCUGUUUUGGUAGUAUGGGAAGUUUUAAGUUGGAUCAAGUGAAAGAAAUAGUAGUAGGCCUUGAAAAAGUGGCUACCGAUUUCUUUGGGUUCUUAGGCAACUCCCCGCUAAAAAUGGAGAAUUUGCAGGGGAAUUUGAAAAUCAUGGACUUGCUUUGCCCGAAGGAUUCUUGGAACGAACGGCUUUGA